AUGAGAAAUUGGAACUUUCUUGGAUUUCUCUGUCUAGCUUUCGUAUUGAGAGUUGAAUCCUUAAAAUUUCAUAGGAGUGAUCAACACGUUGAAAGAAUCUCCGGAAGUGCUGGUGAUGUGUUGGAGGAUGAUCCUACAGGUAGGUUGAAAGUUUUUGUGUAUGAGCUUCCAAGCAAGUAUAACAAGAAGACUGUGCAGAGGGACUCGCGAUGCCUCAGUCACAUGUUUGCUGCUGAGAUAUAUAUGCAUCAGUUUCUGUUAUCCAGUCCUGUUAGAACACUUGAUCCAGAGGAAGCGGAUUGGUUUUACACUCCAGUUUACACGACUUGUGAGUACUUGACACCACAUGGUCAUCCUUUACCUUUUAACUCACCACGUAUGAUGAGAAGCGCGAUUCAGCUUGUUGCUUCUAGCUGGCCAUACUGGAACAGGACACAGGGGGGUGAUCAUUUCUUCAUUGUACCACAUGAUUUUGGUGCAUGUUUCCAUUUUCAAGAAGAGAAAGCUAUUGGAAGAGGAAUUCUUCCGUUGCUCCAGCGUGCUACCUUGGUUCAAACUUUUGGACAACGGAAUCAUGUUUGUUUGAAGGAAGGAUCAAUAACUAUUCCUCCUUAUGCUCCUCCACAGAAAAUUCAGUCUCACUUGAUCUCUCCUGAUACUCCAAGAUCCAUAUUUGUCUAUUUCCGUGGCUUGUUUUAUGACAAAAGAAAUGAUCCUAAAGGCGGGUACUAUGCAAGAGGUGCUCGAGCAGCAGUGUGGGAAAACUUUAAGGACAAUCCACUCUUUGAUAUUUCUACAGAUCAUCCAACUACAUACUACGAAGAUAUGCAACGAGCUAUCUUUUGCUUGUGCCCUCUCGGAUGGGCUCCAUGGAGUCCUAGAUUGGUUGAAGCUGUUGUAUUCGGAUGCAUCCCCGUUAUAAUAGCAGAUGACAUUGUAUUGCCAUUUGCUGAUGCCAUUCCAUGGGAAGAUAUUGGAUUGUUUGUAGCGGAGAAGGAUGUUCCAUAUUUGGAUAACAUUCUUACUUCUGUUCCACCACAAGAAAUACUGAGGAAGCAGAGAUUGCUUGCCAAUCCUUCAAUGAAGCAGGCUAUGUUAUUUCUACAACCUGCUCAACCAGGUGAUGCUUUCCACCAAAUCUUGAAUGGACUUGCUCGUAAAUUACCCCAUCAUCACAAGACCAUAUACGGAGGCAACAACGUCUUAAACUGGACUGCUGGUCCAGUUGGUGAUCUAAAACCUUGGUAGGAUCAAGCUGAACCUCAAGAUUUACUCA